GAAAAAACUAACAGGAAUAGCAAGGUACCAAAAACCAGCUGCAACCUGCAGAGUUACUAUGUGCACAGUCGAGUCCUCGGCUAUGGCUGUCUCUCCCUUAGGCCAUCCGUUCGCUCUCCGCCCCCGAACUCUUCUCCGUUUCAGAAUCCCCCGCAAGCGUUUCUCAUUUUCUCUUUGUUUCUGCGCUUCAUCCUCCUCCUCGGCAGUCCCAAUUUAUUUCGAUCCUUGUUCCUCACCGGAAGUGGCAGCUACGCCUCUGUCUAACCCGGGCAACCCCAUCUCUGCCACCAAAUGGGAACCCUUCUUAAAAAAGAAAGUUGUUAUGCGGGUCGGAUACAUAGGCUCCGAUUAUCGAGGACUUCAAAAGCAAAGGGAUGAACAUGGGUUCUCUAGAUUGGUGUGAAUUUGGGAUUUUUCUAAAGCAUUACAGUUCCGCAAUGCAGCCAUUGAAGGUGAACUGGAAAAGGCUAUUUUCAAGGCAGGCGGUAUUAAAGAUAGUAAUUUUGGGAAUUUGUACAAAAUUGGCUGGGCAAGAAGUAGCCGGACUGAUAAAGGAGUGCAUUCUUUGUCUACUAUUAUAUCCUUGAAAAUGGAAAUCCCUGAGACGGCAUGGAAGAAUGACCCUAGUGGCAUGGGUCUUGCAUCUAUAGUUGAUUCUCAUCUCCCAGAGAGCAUUAGAGUGUUCAGCAUCCUCCCAUUACAAAGAACAUUUGAUGCUAGAAAGGAGUGUAAUGUCAGGCGGUAUUCUUACCUCCUUCCUGCUGAAAUCAUUGGGAUAAAGAAUGAGUCAAAUUCAUCUGAAGUUGAAUAUCACUUAUCAGAUUUUAACAAUAUACUAAAAACCUUUGAGGGGGAACAUCCAUUCCACAACUAUACAAUGAGAUCCAAGUACAGGAAACAGUUUCCCACCAGAAACAAAAUGAAGGAUAAAAUAGGAAAAACAUGUGCAGAAGAAGAAGACGAGGAGGAAGAUUUAUGUGAACCUGAGGACAUUGAUGGGAACAAAUCCUUUGCAGCAAAAAAUGCUGUGAGAACGGUUCAGGAAAGGAUUCAAAAUACUCCACCUGGCAUCCAGGAUUGUGAUAUGAAUAACCCAGAGGAGCGUAAUCCUGUAUUAUCAACCCGUGCAAGAUGGCUUUAUGAACCUGAUGAGAGGGAUAAACUCAGUUCUUCCCAUUUCAGAAGGAUAUUUUAUUGUCAUUGCGGGAAUUUGGAGCAGGUUCUUGGUAUGAAUUAUAUAGAAAUUUAUGUCUGUGGAGAGUCAUUCAUGUUACAUCAGGUAACUCUUUUUUUGGCAUCACUUUCUAUCUACUUAUUUUCUCUAUUAGGAGUUAUACUUCACUUGCAUUGUUUUCUUCUAAGAAAUUAGGUUACUUAAUACGCUGUAUUUGAAUUCCUGACUCUUUUCCCAACUACACCCAGUCCCUAUUUUCGUUCUCCAUUUCCAUGUGUUAUCAUUAUUAUAAUUCAAUUUGUGUUAUCAUAGGGCCACUUUUAUGGAUGUGUGUAAAUCAAUUUUUUUAGGGGGGGGGGGGCUUCUGCUUGGGCCAGCUUGAUGGAGGGGAAGGCUUUGAUAAAUACGAUUGAUAAAAAUGGAAUGAAGAAUUUGAUAAAUAUAAUUGAUAAAAAAUGAAAUGUUGUACUACGUAAGCACGUAUCACAUACUAUGUUAUUCCUUCUGUUUUAAAAUAUAUCACAAAUAUAUAUAAAAAUAUAGACGUAACCCUCCAAAACAUUCCCUCUCAAAAUCAUCCAAAACCCUCCAUCCUAACUGGCACUUAAUGUUGUAGGGGAUACAGUUAAUAUUGUCAAUUGUUUUUUCAUGAACUUUAGGACUUCCCAAGAGUUGAUGGUUUCAAAUAUUUCUGAAUUUGCAUCUCUGAAGAUUUAAUUGCAUCAUAUUGUUGAAUGCUUAUUUUCCAUCAUUUGCAAUGGAGCCAAAGAUUCAUUAUUUUUUGGCUUGAGAUUAUGAUGGAAUAAAGCAAAAUGGCUCACUAAACUGUCUGCGCUUCUUUGUUAUGAAGCAGUAGUCAGUCCAUGCAAUUUUGGACGCCAUUUUCACUAUGGGUCAUCCGGAAACAGUCUCUUCCUGCUUUAGUGCAGGGGUAAGACUGCUUACAUCCGACCCCCCCUUACCCCACCGUCGGUGGGAGCCUUUGCGGCACUGGGGUAAAUGAAAAUGAAAUGAAAAUGAUAUUGUUGAAUGCUUCAGAAGCUCAUAGAUAAUUUAUUUUUCUGUCCUAUAGUCUUAAAAUCAAAAUGAUUUUGGUACUCUGGUAUCAACCAGAACGCCCAACUAUUAUAAUGGUAAAAAAUGUACAUUAAAUGAGUUUUGUAUUUAAGCAAUUCUUUUUUUUAAUGCUUAUUUGUUAUUGUCUUUGGGGUUUCUUCUUGGUACCAAUAUCAUCAACCAGAAAGUCAUGAGCUAAACAAGGUCUAUUCAGAUAAGGAAAAUGGUAGCGACAGCAAUUGCAAUAAAGCGGAAGUUGCUACCCCGUGAUGUUCUGAGAUUAUCUCUUUGCAAACACUCGCGUAUCGUCCUUCCCCUUGCUCCGUCUGAAGUUUUAAUUUUGAAGGGUAAUGGCUUUGCUUCAAGAAAGGUGCCGAGCAACAAAGCAAGAGCUGAGUUGAUUAGACUGUUAGAGUCUGAAGAUAUUGUCAAAGCUGUGAAUGAUUUUUACCAAUCCACAAUGUUGCCCCAAUUGUCUGGAUUUUUAGAUCCUUUAGGGUCUCCAUGGAGGGAGUGGGCUGAGAUACUGGAUGCAAACACAGAAAUACCAGAGUGCCAAUUGGAAGAAGUUAGGACUGCAUGGAAACAAUGGAUGGAAAGCAGAACAUAGUCUAACUUAAGUUUUGCUUGAUGAAUUACCUAAGCGUGUACUUGCUUUUUUCUAAAUAAAAAGCUUAUUCAAAUGAGAAAAUUAUUUAAUUUUCUAGACUAUAUCGUACACAUCAUUAAUAUAUAGCUAUUUAGUGAU